AUGCUUGCAAUUGGUGGGAUGAACUUCUCACCGCCCUGUUCACCACCAACCGAGCGACGGAUUAUCAGCGUUGCACGGCCUUCCCUUUCGCUGGAAAAUACUCGUCAGCUGUUAGCUUGUUUUUGUUGGACACUGAAGAACAUGGAGCGUUCAUACUUGCGGCAUUGGAUUCGAGAUUUGUCACCUACUCGAAUUUCACAGUUUCUUGACGUACUUCAGCUGGCUGUUUCGUGCUUUGAAUUCAAAUCAUCACUUUUUUGCUCUUCUCAGGAAACAGUGGAUGAGGCUAGCAAGCCAAAGCAUGAUAUUUGUAAUAUUGAUAGUUCACCGGUAAAAGAUUGUGGAAGAAAGAAACCGCGUAGCACAGCUGAGUCAGAUGGUGUACGUUGGCGAAGAGAAACAAAAGAUUCUCAAGGAAAGGGUUCCUGGAAGAGUUAUACAUGCAGUAGCGGCGGGAAUUCUAGCGAAGAACCAAUGCCGAGUGAGGAUGAUAUUGCCUUAGAGGCGGCUCUCUGCACCGAAGUACCUAUGGUUGUACUGGAUACGCUGGAAUUAAUUAUGCGUGUGGUAUCGGUGCCUGGUUCGGAUCAUCUCUUCUUCGUUUUGCCGUCUAUUCUGAAAGUUCUGGUUAGUUUUGCUUGUCGUUUAAACAAAGUAGUUGAAACGGAAGCACGCAUAACAGUGAUUAUUGUAAAGUUAAAAACCCCCUUCGCAGUCACUUUGUGUAAAAGAUUGAGAUGUUCAGAAAUAGACGAAGAUAGCACGUGUCAGUGGUAA